AUGACUUCGAUAGUCAGACCUCGCUCUGCUCAGCCUACAUCAGCUCGGUUGCCAGAAUUUGGGGCUGGUCCCAGCAGCGGUGCUGGGCCUUCAACGGGCCCUGCUACCGCCACGAAUUUUGGCGAUGGGCUGCCGACACGCGCUUUCGAGGGCUAUGGCAAUUACGAGGGUGAGGAAUUGUCCUUUCUGAACGAUCCCGCCCUCGACUCGGUGGGAAUCUUGCCUGGAUUCGAUGCAGACUUCGACCUCGGGCUUGGCUCACCGAAGGAUGGACAAAGUCCGCUCUUUCGUUUUCCCGAGCUGCCCUCCAGCUUGCUCGAUCAAGCUCCAGAAUACGAGUAUGUGAGUCCUGAUAGUAUAUUGCGGGAGAUCUUGUGAUGUUUCGUGGCUGACGAGCCAUAUUUCUUGGCAGUCUGCCCACACACAAACAAAUGUCUUCGAGGCCACGCAUGACUAUGUUUCAGAUCUCAAUGCUUCAAAAUGGUUUGGAUUGGACGACUUCGACCCUUUGCUCAAUCCCGAUCUCAACGCAGGCGGGAUAAUGGCCGCAGCACCACGCGCGACCGAUGGUGGUGCGAGCGCCUGGGGCUAUGCGCAGGACGCGGGUCCUGGUCUGCCCAGUGGUGUUGGGUCCAUGGGUGCCACUCCGGCUGUGGGCUACACCGACUCUCCGUAUGGACCAGAGUCUGAACCGCCUUCGCGAGCCUCUGAAGCGGGAUUCUUGAGUGCUCAGAAUGGUGGUGGUGCUCUCGUCGACGUCAAUCAGAUGGGCGGUGGUGGUGCUGGACAGGCAGGCAAGCGUCGACGAGACUCAUUCGGGUCGCCACAAGCGGGGGCCGGCAGUGCCGUUGCCGGUCAGCAAGCUUGGCCUUCUCGAGCCGCACCAAACCCAUUCCAGCCUCCCUCUCAAGCGCAGAUUCAGCCGCCGCCUCUUGAAGCGCAGGCUUACGACCAGUAUGGGCGGCCCAUUCCGGUCAGACGUCCGCAGCCACAACAAGGCCCUCCGCACGUGGUCCCUUCGCAGUCCAUCCCGGCACCGGGCCCUCGGGGACGCAUGCAAAGCUGGAACGAAGGAAACCAGCGUGCUAGCUCUUACAGUGACGAAUGGGGCCACCCCGGAAUGUAUGAUUCUCCCGGACACGCCAGCUCAUCGUCAGGCCACAUGCCCCGCGGAGCGAUGCACAGCCAGAUGAUGCAUCCCUACAAUCAACAACCUCGCGGGCCGUACGCGCCCAUGCCGGGUGCUGGUGCUUCCUACUCGGACGGACAUCCAGGACUAGGGCCACAUGGGGCUCGCCUGAGUGUUGCUUCCGACAUCAGCGCAUCUUCGAGUAGCCGAUUGCUAGAUGUGUCUGCCCAUCAGACCGAAUUGUCCCUCAACGCAGCGGUUGGAGCCGCCAUGGAGGCCACAGGUGAUCCCGAUGGCGUAGCCAAAUGCCCGUAUCCACGCUGCGACAAGACUUUCGCAAAGAAUCGCAGCUACAACCUCAAGGCUCAUCUACGAAGCCACUCUCAGCUGAAGCCCUUUGCCUGCUCACACUGCCCGCGGGCUUUUAGUCGCAAACACGAUUUGGAGAGGCAUGCCCGUGUCCACUCGGGCGACAAGCCGUACCUGUGCGAAGCUUGCGGAAAAGGCUUUCCGCGUAGUGAUGCCCUGCGACGCCACUGGCGUAUGGAGAAGGAAUGUGGAGAGAAGGCGGCCGAGAUCGAGGCUGGUCAGCCACUCCCUUCUCUUCCUCCAGGCGCGAGCGCCAUUAUGGCCAAUAUAUCCGGUGCACACUUCGCCCCUGGGCAGAUGCUCGGAGCUGUGCCCCCUCCUCACGUCACACACGCCCCGUACAUGGGCAUGCAAUCACAUCCACAAGGUGGCUGGGAUGACGCACAAAGCUACGACGCCUACGAGCCUAAUAGACGAGGCGACAAGCGCAUGCGUCCUGCUCCAUACUGA